AUGGAGGCAGACAACUAUGCUACGGUUUGGGAUGCGCUGCUCAAGCGCUAUGAUAACCGGAGAUUACUGAAGAAGCAGCUGUUUCGCGCAAUCUAUGACCUGCCAGGGAUUAAGAAAGAGUCGGCACAAGAACUACACGAGCUUGUUGAUGAGUUCCAACGACAUGUAAGAGCAUUAGGUAAAUUGGAUGAACCCAUCGAGUACUGGGAUACCCCACUCGUCAACUUACUGUCCUAUAAGCUUGACUCACUGACUCUACGUGCCUGGGAAGAAAAGGUCAGCCAUAAAGAGGAAGUCAAAUAUGAAGAAUUGACUGAGUUCCUGUUUCAACGUGUGCGUAUACUGAAGUCAGUGGCGUCCGAUGUCCAUCAACCCCAAUCGACCCUAUCAAAGGUGACCAGCAUAAGCUCAAAGAAGCAGUUUCCACUGAGAUUAGCAGUCAAUGCAGCUGUAUCCGAAAGCAAUUCCAGCAAGCCGUCCUGUUAUGCGUGCUCCGAGAAACAUUUCCUGUUCCAGUGUGAAACAUUUUCCAAUAUGCCAGUUAACCAACGCCGUGAACUGGUAUCUCGAAAGAGAUUGUGCUGGAACUGUUUUCGCAACGGUCACAAUGCUCGCCGUUGUAAUUCUAAAUUCAGCUGCCGGACGUGCCAUAGCCGUCACCAUACGUUGUUGCACGAUCCAUCCCAAUCAACGCCAAGUUCGUCAACUCAAGCCAUCGCAUCGAAUUUCGAAGAACCGCCGUCAAGACCACCUGCGGUGACGACCGCAGUUCCCCAUGGGCCAUCAACGUCUUCCCACCGGGUUAGUUUGUCGGCCCAAUCGCAAGUAAGCACGGUGCUUCUCGAGACAGUAGCUCUUAAUGUCGUCGAUGAUGAUGGAAAGGUUUUCCAGGCUCGGGCCUUGUUAGACUCAGGGUCCAUGACAAAUUUUAUGUCCACGAAUUUUGCCAAGCUCCUCGCCAAUCCUCAAGCCAAAGUGAACGUUGAUGUUGCUGGUAUCGGUCAGUCCCUCAAGAAGUUGAAGCGAACCGUCACUGCCACCCUCCGGUCCAGAACGCAACCGUACUCCACGAAGCUCCAGUUCCUGGUCAUCGAUAAUCCCACAGCCGAUUUGCCUAUCACGAAGACAAGCUUUGCCCCAUCGUUACUUCCAGACAUUCCUUUGGCCGAUCCGCAGUUUCUAGAACCCAGAAAAGUUGAUUUGGUGAUCGGGGCUGAAGCGUAUUGGGAAUUCCACACGGGAAAUAAGAUGUCACUCGGUGAAGAACUUGAUCCGAACUUGAUAUCCACCGCCGAUGACCGCUUAGAAGCUUCACUUCAAAGGUUUUGGGAAAUGGAGACUAUCCCAAACGAAAUCGUCAUGCCUGACACCGAAAAGCGUUGCGAAGAAGUCUACAACACUACUACUGAACGGAACAAUACUGGACGUUAUGUGGUUCGUCUUCCCAGAACAAACGAUCCAGAUGUUGUGCUCGGAGAACCCCGAUCCAUAGCUGAGCGCCGAUUUUUCAGUCUUGAACGCAGACUGGAACGGAAUCCGGAGACAAAGGCAGCCUACCACCUGCAAGACGACAUCAGGCUACUCCUUAAAUGA